GUCGGUGAAAGAACACAGAGAACAUCAUGGAUUGUUGUUGUGACAACAUGAACCCUCUAAAUCAUGUUGCUGCUCCUGCCCAGCGAGAACGAGCAUGUGGACGAAACAUUGAUACGGGGAUUGACUUUGGGAUAUGCAUAAUCCAUUGACCAUAGAUCGAUGAGAUCAUAUGUCUGGGCCAGAAAGUUCUCAUUGGUAAAUCAACACACCCUAAUGCCGUGAUGACCGUGUAAUGAGUAAUGAUAGGAUACUCGACUCUGUGAAUCAAAAUGCUACCGGCCAUCAUCCGACCCAAGGGCCCGCCUCGCUAUCGGAGCGUGCUAUUGGGUCAUGGUCUCAUGCCUAGCGAUUUAAUGCAGCGUUCCUUAGAGAUCUGCGAUCAAAUCACGGACCUGAACGCCUUCACCUCGCUCCGAAAGUCCGACGACUUGAAGGCGGAAGCGAAAAAGGCCACUCGCCGUUGGCGUCAGGUGGAGAACAAGAGCCCCAUUGACGGCAUGACCAUUGCCGUCAAGGACAAUUUCUGUUGGGUCGGUCAUCCCACCACGUGUGGUUCACGCAUGUUGCAAGACUUCGUGCCCACUUAUAAUGCCACCGUGGUGCAAAAGCUAGUGAAUGCCGGAGCCAUUAUCUUGGGCAAGACCAACAUGGACGAGUUCGGUAUGGGAUCGGGUGGCACGGAUUCAAUAUUUGGGCCCACCAAAAAUUGGUGGCGAUCAGGAUUGGCGUAUGAGGUGUCCAAUUGGAAUGACGAACGAUUGCCAGGAAUUGAAACGGGUCGGGUCGACUCCGGUGCGACCGACGAUUGGUUCAUUUCAGGCGGUAGCUCGGGGGGUUCGGCGGUGGCGGUGGCUUCCGGGGCGUGUUUUGCUAGUUUAGGUUCGGACACGGGAGGAUCAGUACGUAUUCCCGGUGCUUGGCACGGAUUAGUGACCCUGAAACCCACUUAUGGGAGUCUCUCCCGCCAUGGACUGAUCCCGUUGGUCAAUAGCAUGGAUGUGCCAGGGGUUAUGGCCAAGUCCGUUGAGGAUGUUCAAUUGGUAUUCGGCGUGAUUCGGGGCGUGGACCCCAUGGACUCCACCACUGUGAUUCCACCCUUCAAAGACGAGCCCCCCAAAAGUGUGGAGGGUCUCAAGAUCGGAAUUCCCCAAGAGUAUCAUUGUGAUGGCAUGUCAGAGGAGGUCUUGCAAACGUGGAGUGAUGUGGCUGACGUGUUAGAGAAUGCUGGGGCUCAAGUGAAACAGGUGUCGUUGCCUCAUACGCCCUAUUCUAUUGUCUGUUACUCGGUAUUAAAUCCGAGCGAAGUGUCGAGCAAUAUGGCUCGCUACGAUGGCCUCGAAUAUGGUUUACGAACCGAACAAAACCGUUCCACCGAAGCGCUUUUUGCCGAAAAUCGUCAUUUGGGUUUCAACGAAGUAGUCCGAGGACGAAUCCUGAGCGGCAAUUAUUUCUUACUCAAGGAGAACUACCAAGAGUUCUUUGGACAGGCCCUGAAAGUUCGCCGCCUCGUUCAAAGGGACUUUGUCAAUGUUUGGAGUGACGAUGUGGAUCUCCUCCUUACCCCGGUCACCUUGACGACCUCUCCGACCUUUCGGGAGUUCUCAAGUUUGGACAACCGCACUCAAACCACCAAACAAGAUCAUUGCACUCAGCCUGCGAAUUUGGCGGGCUUGCCCGCAUUGACUAUACCCGUGAAGCUGUCAGAGAGCUCAAGUUUGCCUUUGAGUGUUCAAUUGAUAGGUCCGCGAUUCAGUGAAGACACUCUGUUCAAUUUGGGCACUUGGUUGGAGAAGCAUCUACAAUUUCCCAAUUUUGGCCUAACCUCUAUGAGAAUUGAAAAGGAAAUUACUGAUUCACUAUGGACAUGACUAAUCUGAAAGCUUUUUCCCGGAUGACUUGACAUGACGGAUGAAAGAAUCCGUCAUCCUGUCGACCAACUAUCUUAAUUUCCGAGAGCUUUUGUCAUAUUGAAGUUGAACGUGUACUUGGCGAUUCUCGGCUGAAUACCCUAAGAAGCCUUAAUCUACAAGGGAAAUGACCAAUCCAUAAA